GGAGCUGCUCCGCCAGCCAGCUCGCGCUUGCGGUGCGGCCGGCGCGCCGGCGUGCCAGGGCGAGAUGCACACCGCCGAGCUGGAGCGAGCGAACCCCUGCCCCCCUGCAGCUGCUCUGCGCUGCGUCCAGCACGCAGGCCUCAUAUAGACACCGCGCCGCACCGCCGUGCCGUUUUCCCGCCCACCACACUCCAACCCGUGCUCCCCCUCCUUCCCGCACAGCAUGUCCGUCCAGUCCGUCGACACGCUCGUCAUUGGCGCCGGCCCCACCGGUCUCGGUGCCGCCAAGCGUCUGCACCAGCUCAACCAGGGCACGUGGGCGCUCAUCGACUCGGCGCCCGAGGCCGGCGGUCUUGCCUCGACCGACAUCACCGACGAGGGCUUCCUCUUCGACGUCGGCGGCCACGUCAUCUUCUCACACUACGCCUACUUCGACGAUGUCAUCCAUGAGGCACUCCCCAAGGACGGCGACUGGUACGAGCACCAGCGCGUGUCCUACGUGCGCAGCAAGAACGUCUGGGUGCCGUACCCCUACCAGAACAACAUCAGCGUGCUGCCCGUCGACGACCAGGUCAAGGCCAUUGAGGGCAUGAUCGACGCUGCCGAGGUGCGCGUGCGCGCCAAGGAUGCGCCGCAGAACUUCGACGAGUGGAUCAUGCGCAUGAUGGGCCAGGGCAUUGCCGACCUCUUCAUGCGCCCCUACAACUUCAAGGUCUGGGCUGUCCCGACGACGGACAUGCAAUGCAAGUGGCUCGGCGAGCGCGUCGCGGCGCCGUCGCUCAAGCUUGUCGUGUCCAACACGCUCAACAAGAAGGUGGCGGGCAACUGGGGCCCCAACGCCACGUUCAAGUUCCCCGCCGAGGGCGGCACUGGCGGCAUCUGGAAGGCCGUCGCCAAGACGCUGCCGGCCGAGAAGCUGCUCUUCAAGAAGACGGUGUCCAAGGUCGACGCCGCCGCGCACACGGUGCACCUCUCCGACGGCGGCUCGAUCAAGUACAAGCACCUCAUCACGACGAUGGGCCUCGACUACCUGAUCGACAACCUCGACGGCGCGCAGGAGGACAUCAAGACGCUGCAGACGGCCAAGCCGGACCUCAUCUACUCGAGCACGCACGUCAUUGGCAUUGGCAUCCGCGGCGUGCUGCCGCCGCGCAUCGGCGACAAGUGCUGGCUGUACUUCCCCGAGGACGACUGCCCUUUCUACCGCGCCACGAUCUUCAGCAACUACUCGCCCAACAACUGCCCGCAGGAGGGCGUCAAGCUGCCGGGCCUGCAGUACGCCGACCCGAGCAAGGGCAAGCCGGACAGCGAGCCGCAGGCCGGCCCGUACUGGUCGCUGAUGAUGGAGGUGUCCGAGUCGCACCUCAAGCCCGUCGACAUGCAGACGAUCCUCGAGGAGACGAUCCGCGGCUGCGUCGCGACCGAGCUGAUGAAGCCCGACGACGUCAUUGUCUCGACGUACCACCGCAAGUUCACGCCCGGCUACCCGACGCCGAGCCUGAAGCGCGACGAGGCGCUGGCCAAGAUCCUGCCCGUGCUCGCCGACAAGUACGACAUCUACUCGCGCGGCCGCUUCGGCAGCUGGAAGUACGAGGUGGGCAACCAGGACCACUCGUUCAUGCUCGGCGUCGAGGCCGUCGACCGUGCGCUCUACGGCUCGCCCGAGAUGACGCUCACGAGCCCCGACUUUGUCAACGGCCGGCGGAACACGGAGCGUCGCCUGCAGUAGGCGCGACGCUCGCUGCAUGUUCUUCGCUUCUCGCCCGUUCCCCAGUCCCCUCAGCGUCACGUCCAUCACCUCACCGUCACUCCUCUUCCACCUUCUCGCACCCACUAGAAGUUCGCCCCCCUGCGCGCUGCACUGGCAUGCGCACGCGCCCCGCCGUCCUCGCCGCUCUCCUGCUGUAUUCCCGAUCUCCCCCCGCUUCUUGAUAUAC